CCAGAGCUCACAGCGUUUCCUAGGGUUUUAUUCAUCUUCAACCUAGAGAGUACACGCAGAAGAGCGGUGAACGGCGACAGCUCCAGCAACCAAACAUGGCAACUCAGAUGAGCAAGAAGCGAAAGUUUGUGGCCGAUGGAGUGUUCUUUGCUGAGCUUAACGAAGUUCUCACCAGAGAGCUUGCAGAGGAUGGAUACUCUGGAGUUGAGGUUAGGGUCACUCCCAUGCGGACUGAGAUUAUUAUCAGGGCUACUCGUACUCAAAAUGUUCUUGGUGAGAAAGGACGAAGAAUUAGAGAAUUGACAUCUGUUGUUCAGAAGCGUUUCAAGUUUCCUGAAAACAGUGUUGAGCUAUAUGCCGAGAAGGUCAACAACAGAGGACUCUGUGCCAUUGCUCAAGCUGAGUCUCUUCGCUACAAGCUUCUUGGAGGCCUUGCUGUGAGGAGGGCUUGCUAUGGUGUCCUUAGAUUUGUCAUGGAGAGUGGAGCUAAGGGAUGCGAGGUUAUUGUCAGUGGUAAGCUAAGGGCCCAGCGUGCAAAGUCCAUGAAAUUCAAGGAUGGAUACAUGAUUUCAUCUGGACAGCCAGUGAAAGAGUACAUUGACUCUGCCGUGAGACACGUUCUCCUUAGACAGGGUGUUCUGGGUAUCAAGGUCAAGAUCAUGCUUGAUUGGGACCCGAAGGGCAAGCAAGGUCCACCGACGCCCCUCCCCGAUUUGGUUACUAUCCAUACUCCCAAGGAGGAAGAGGAGUUCAUUAGGCCCGCGGCUGUGACUCCAACAGCCGAGAUUGAGGUUGCAGCAGCUUAAGGAAAGAAGAGCAGGCAGGAGGGAGGGAGGGAUGAACUAGUAGUCUAGUGUUUCUAUUACAAUAUCAUUUGCUUCUUUCAGAAAAUAGAAUUCUAAAUUUUGAAGUCGUUUUUGUUGUGUUCUGAGUUAUGAUUUUGGCAUGUUUUUGUUACCUUACUUUACGUUAGAACCGUAAUCUUAAUCUACUGUUGUAAAAUGAGCCAAAAAAGCCCACAUUUAUUGUGUUAUCUUAA